AUGCUGACUCUGAUUCCUGUUUUAACUGUGUCCUAUGAAGUCAAGAGUGCGUUUCUGUUCAUUUCAGUCCUGGAGUUUGCAGUGGGGCUUCUAGCCAAUGCCUUCAUUUUCUUGGUGAAUUUUUGGGAUGUGGUAAAGAGGCAGCCACUGAGCAACUGUGAUCGUGUGCUGCUGUGUCUCAGUAUCACCCGGCUGUUCUUGCAUGGGCUGCUGUUUCUGGACGCCAUCCAGCUUACCCACUUCCAGCAUAUGAAAGACCCACUGAGCCACAGCUACCAAACCAUCAUCAUGCUGUGGAUGAUCAUAAACCAACUCAGCCUCUGGCUCACCACCUGCCUCAGUCUCCUCUACUGCUCCAAGGUAGUCCGUUUCUCUCACACCUUCCUGCUCUGGUUGGCAAGCUGGGUCUCCAGAAAGAUUUCCCAGAUGCUCCUGGGUAUCAUCCUUUCUUCCUGUAUCUGCACUGUCAUCUGCUUUGGGGAAUUUUUUAGCAGACCUCACUUCACAGUCACCGCUAUGCUCCUCAUGAAUAACAAUACAGAAUUCAAUUUUCAAAUUACAAAGCUCAGUUUAUUUUAUUCCUUUCUCUUCUGCUAUGUGUGGUCUAUCCCCCCUUUCCUAAUUUUUCUCGUUUCUUCUGGACUGCUGAUUGUCUCUCUCAGGAGGCACAUGAGGACAAUGAAGGCCCAUACCAGAGACUCUUGUGACCCCAACCUGGAGGCCCACAUUAAAGCCCUCAAAUCUCUUGUCUCCUUUUUCUGCUUCUAUGUGGUUUCAUUCUGUGCGGCCCUUAUCUCAGUGCCCCUACUGAUUCUGUGGCACAGCAAGAUAGGGGUGAUGGUUUGUGUCGGCAUCAUGGCAGCUUGCCCUUCUGGGCAUGCAGCCAUCCUGAUCUCAGGCAGCAGCAAGUUGAGGAGAGCUAUAGAAACUAUUCUGCUCUGGGUUCAGAGUAGCCUGAAGAUAAGGGCUGGCCCCAAAGCAGAUCCCAAGACACUGUGCUCAGGACGGACAUGA